AUGGAGCUUGAUGACAUGUUGCAAGAAUUAUCGCAACUUACUGCGAGUGAGCACUUGGUGCCAGUCGCGGAGAUGGACGUGGGUGAUGUGGAGUCCAGCGUCCAUCUUAGUACUGAUGGAGUUGUUAGCAAGGCUAACCAGGUGGAUGAGGGGUCAGUUAAUGCCCCUGAUGACCUACCUACCGACACCGGCACAAAGCUGAGCCGGCCAUUUGGCAAAAAGAGAAUGACUGGAGCUGCCAGACGUCGGUUUAACUUUUGGGUGGAACAAGGUUUCAGCAGGGAAGAUGCCACACAAAGAUGCCGCCUUCCUCUUGCGCAAUUCCCCGAGUUCAUGGAGCUCGGUGUUGCCGUGACUGAGGGAACUAAGAAGACCAGCAAGAGACCGAGUUCCGAGGAAGCCUCACCUGAGGAGCAGCCGCGGAAGACUGGCAGGCUAACCGUACCUACGAGAACGGAACCCUGCUAUGCUGAUGUGGUCUGCUGCUUUCGGGUCGGGAUUACGGAUGCCAAUCGUGCCAUAGUUCCUGGGGAUGGCCUUCUCUUUGAGCAGGCUGUUCUCCGGGCUGUGGAUAGGGAGACCAGUGGAGGUCCCCGCAUCAAGGGUUGGACUAUCCGCGCAGGAGUGAUUAUCCUCACCUGCGAGAACAGUGCAACCCGGGACUGGCUGGUAGCCCGUCUUGAUGACCUGAAGCCCUGGCACGGGGCGGUGCUAAGGCUGGUGGACGAAAAGGACCUGCCUAAGUCCGUGAUGGUCGUGGCGUGGAUCCCUGAUACCAACGUCGAUGGGAAGACGCUGCUGCAUCGACUGCAAGUGCAGAACGAGGAGGUGGGCUGUAACCGAUGGAGGGUGGUCAACGUCAAGACUGACGGCAAUGGGCAGACAUACUGCUUCGCUCUAGACAGCUUGGCGUUGCCCAACCUACUCAAAAGAGGUUGCGCUCUAUACCUCGGCUGUAGGUUGAUCCAAUUCAGGGUUAAAGGGCUUAAGACUGGGUCAGUGAGGGAAGGAAGUGCAGGGGCCUCUGGGAUGGAGACUGACCUCGAGGGUUGCUCGGAGCCCCCGGUGGUUGCAUCUGCCUUAGCGGUGUCAAGGCCCUCCUCUUCUCAGCCUGGGAUGCGGAGAGCUGCACUUGGUGCCUCUGUCGCUAUCACUGCCGGUGCAGACAAGGAACCCGUUCCUGGACCAUCGAGCGAACCCGUUCCUGGACCUUCGUACGAACCCGUGCCAGGACCAUCGUGCGAACCUGUUCCUAGACCAUCGUGGGAGCCUGUGCCAGGACCAUCAUGGGAACCUGUUCCUAGACCGUCGUGGGAACCUAUGCCUGGACCUUCACGGGAGCCCUCAUCUGGAAACCCGUUUGGGCCCAGGCAGAGGACAGGAAUUUCCACGGGAGGUAAGGGCUGCUUCACCGCUAACUAUUUAGAGGCGCAUCCUGCAGGAACCCGCACAAAGGCCCCUGUGUCCUCUAGGAGACGGGGUCUUGCUCGGAGUAUGGUAAGGGGUAGGUCAGUUCAACUGGUUUCCCUGUCCAGCGAGCAUUCGAGCAGGAAAGCGGAAAAAAAUCCU